AUGGUUGUGACGCCCGACCACCGGCCCAUCGACGCCACCACUCCCCUCUCCCCCCUCCUCCUCGCUUCGGCCUCUCCCUCGCUGCACACGACUGGCAGCUCGGCGAGCCUGACCGGAAAGGUCGCUCAUCCUGUCGCCCCCGUCCUCCGCAAGCACAGCACCGGCUCAUUCUCCAAGCUCUCCGAGUUCCAGCUCGACGGCCCGGCCAUCUCCAGCUCGGGUGCCUCCCAGGAGGACAUCAACAACUCGCUCGGUCUCCCUCAUGUCAACCUGAGCAUUGACGCGAGGUGA